AUGUGGUGUUCAAAUACGUCUAACGAGAAGCUGUGUCAUAUAGACUGCCCAGAUUGGGCAAGUCUUCACGGAGCCCUUGUUUAUCUGUUGUUGGACAAGUUGUUGGAACCCAUUGACCAUGUUCGUUUCGCUGCAGUUUGCAAGGAGUGGCGUGCAGUUUCAAAAGAUUAUAAUGAAGCAAAGCAGCGCUGGUGUAAAAAGAGGCUACUUCCGAUGCUCUUAAUCUCAUCUGCUGAAUCCGAAGAGAAGCUAGAACUGUUCAGCAUUUCCGAAAGAAAAGUCUACUGCAAUAUUGAGUUGCCAUCGCCUUGUAGGAAGUCUAGGAGGUGUUUUGGCCCCAACCACGACAGUGGUGGUUGGUUGAUUGUGGUAGAUCUAGUAGAGGGCGAGUUGCCAUAUUUAGAUUUAACUCUCGUGAACCCUUUCAGAAAAGAAGUGCCACCCAUUCACCUUCCUCGUCUUCGUCCUUGCUGUUCUCAAUUCAAAUAUCUAUCUGGACAAGGCUUGAAGGUUAUAGUAUCUGGUGAUCCCAUAUUGAACCCGGACAGUUUUGUGGUUUUUAAUUUUUUUUAA